AUGGCGACCAAACCGAAUGACGCCACGAGCGUCCCUGCGGCAGCUGCUGCGGCCCCGCGCGUGAAGACGGAAAAGGAGCUGGAGCGCGAGCGCAAAAAGGCCGAGAAGAUGGCCAAGUUUGAGCAGAAGAAGGCGGCCAAGUCGGCGGGACCAGCAGCAGCGAGCGGCAGCGGCAACACCAGCAAGAAGGACAAGCCGGCCAAGGCGGGCAAGGCGGCCGAGGAGCCGCUGCCGCCAUACGUCAACGACACGCCCAAGGGCGAGAAGAAGCGGCUGCGCAGCCUCGAGGACCCGCACUACAAGGCAUACAACCCGGUGGCGGUCGAGAGCGCCUGGUACGACUACUGGGAGGCGGCCGGGUUCUUCCAGCCGCAGCUGACAGCAGCCGGCGACGAGAAGCCGGCCGGUCGGUUUGUCAUUGCACACCCGCCGCCCAACGUGACCGGGUCGCUGCACAUGGGCCACGCCCUCGGCGACUCGCUGCAGGACAUUAUGAUCCGCCACAACCGCAUGCGCGGCAAGACGACGCUCUGGCUGCCCGGCUGCGACCACGCCGGCAUCGCGACCCAGUCCGUCGUCGAGACCAUGCUCUACCGCCGCGAGGGCAAGACUCGCCACGACCUCGGCCGCGAGGCCUUUGUCAAGACCGUCUGGGAAUGGAAGACCGAGUACCAUGCCAACAUCAACAACGCGCUCCGCCGCAUGGGCGGCAGCUUCGACUGGACCCGCGAGGCCUUUACCAUGGACGAGAACCUUAGCGCUGCUGUCCAGGAAACCUUUGUGCGCCUCCACGAUGAGGGCACCAUCUUCCGCGCCAACCGGCUCGUCAAUUGGGACUCCAAGCUCAACACGGCCCUGUCCAACCUCGAGGUCGUCAACAAGGACCUGCCCGGCCGCACCCUUCUCGACGUGCCCGGCUACGACAAGAAGGUCGAGUUCGGCGUGAUCGUGCACUUCAAAUACAAGAUUCUCGACUCGAACGAGACCAUUGAGGUCGCCACCACCCGUCUCGAGACCAUGCUGGGCGACUCGGGCAUCGCCGUGCACCCCAAGGACGAGCGGUAUGCGCACCUGGUGGGCCGGCAGGCCGUGCACCCCUUCAUCGAGGGCCGGCUGCUGCAGAUUGUGGCGGACGACUACGUCGACCGGGACUUUGGAACGGGCGCAGUCAAGAUCACGCCGGCACACGACCCCAACGAUUUCGCCAUUGGCGAGCGCCACAAGCUCGCGUUUAUCAACAUUCUGACCGACGACGGGCGAAUCAACGAGAACGGCGGGGCAUACGCGGGCAGGAAGCGGUUCGACGUGCGGUAUGCCAUCGCGGCCGAUCUGCAGGCCCUCGGGCUGUAUGUCGACAAGAAGGACAACCCGAUGGUGGUGCCGCUGUCGGAGCGGAGCAAGGACAUUGUCGAGCCGCGACUGAAGCCGCAGUGGUGGAUGCGCAUGGGCGACAUGGCCCAGGCCGCCGUCGACGCGCUGGACGCGAAGCAGUUCCGCAUCCGUCCCGACUCGGCCGACGCCAGCUUUCGCCGCUGGAUGAGCUCCAUCACCGACUGGUGCAUCUCGCGUCAGCUCUGGUGGGGUCACCAGUGUCCCGUGUACCUCGUGCACUUUGCCGGCGCCGAGCCGAGCGACGGUGCCGACAGCCGGCUCUGGUUCGCCGCCAAGAGCGAGGCCGAGGCCCGGGCCAAGGCUGAGAAGGCCUUUCCUGGUCGCGACUUUACGCUCGAGCGCGACGAAGACGUGCUCGACACCUGGUUCUCGUCCGGCCUCUGGCCCUUUUCCACCCUCGGCUGGCCGCAGCAGACGGCCGACUUCGAGAAGCUCUUCCCCACGUCCCUGCUCGAGACCGGCUGGGAUAUCCUCUUCUUCUGGAUCGCUCGCAUGGUCAUGCUGAGCCUCAAGCUGACCGGCAAGGUGCCCUUUUACGAGGUUUACUGCCACCCGCUCGUCCGCGACUCCGACGGCCGCAAGAUGUCCAAGAGUCUCGGCAACGUCAUCAACCCGCUCGACGUCAUCUCCGGCAUCUCGCUCGAGGGCCUGCAGGCGACCCUGCUCAAGGGCAAUCUCGACCCGCUCGAGGUCACCAAGGCGACCAAGUACCAGAAGACGGCCUUUCCGAAUGGGAUUCCCGAAUGCGGCGCCGACGGCCUCCGUCUCUGCCUCGCCAACUACGUCACCGGUGGCGGCGACAUCAACUUUGACAUCAAGGUCAUGCACGCGUACCGCCGCUUCUGCAACAAGAUCUGGAACGCGUCCAAGUUUGUGCUCGGCAACCUGGCCCAGCACGACGGCUUUGUGCCGCGAGCCAGCCGGACUCUCGGUGGCGCCGAGAGCCUGCCUGAACUCUGGAUCCUGGCCAAGAUGAACGCUGCCGCCCGCGAGAUCAACGCCGCCCUGGACGAGCGCGAGUUCAAGAACAGCUCCAAUGCGCUGUACAACUUUUGGUACGCCGAGCUGUGCGACGUCUUCAUCGAGAACUCCAAAACGAUCAUCGCCGAAGGCUCGCCCGCCCAGCGCGAAUCCGCCCUGCAGACACUCUACAGCGCUCUCGAAACGGCGCUGCUACUGAGCCACCCGUUCCUGCCGUUCAUCACCGAGGAGCUCUGGCAGCGGCUGCCGCGCCGCCCGCAGGACGAGACCCCGUCCAUCGUCGUGGCCGCGUACCCCGAGUACGACGCCCGCUUCGACAACGCCGCUGCCGAGGCCGCCUACCAGCUCGUCCUCGACGUCUCGCGCGGCAUCCGCUCGCUGACGGUCGAGUACCCGUUGAAAGAGGCACAAGUCUUCAUCCAGACAACCAGCGAGGACGCCCACAAGACGGCCACGGCCGAGGUCGCCGCCGUGCGCUCGCUCCUCGGAAAGGCCGCCGCCACGACUACGAUCACGGUGCUGGCACCAGCGGCCGCACAACCGGCCGGCUGCGUCGCCCAGCAGGUGUCGGGCGCCGCCACGGUGUUUUUGCACGUCAAGGGCCACGUCGACCUCGACGCCGAGAUCGGCAAGGCACAGGCAAAGCUGGCCAAGGCCGCCGCUGCCGCCGCCAAGACGCGCAAGCUCGUCAGCGACGCGGCGUACCGCGAAAAGGUCGCCGCCGCCACCCAGGAGACCGACCAGCAGCGGCUCGCCGAACAGGAGGCUGAGGCCCGUCUGCUCGAACUCACCGUGGCCCAGUUCGAGGCGCUCAAGCUGGAGUAA